CGGUAGCUAGCUUCGCAUUUGCGACAGCUUCAGCACCUGCCUGCUACAGAUCCAGUCAAGCCACUUUCAACUAUCACUUGAAGUACAAUGUAACUACAACAAGACAUUACUUGAUAGAGUUCGCAUUGGUGUGCUCCGGCAGCUCAUUGACAUUGUACAGUUCCUGGGCCCUGUUUUCGAGUUCUAGGCAAAGACGAGGUUUGGGAUAGUUUUGAUUUCGCGCUUCGGUAGUACUACUAGUGUGUUGUUGUCGCGUGGCACUGAGCAGGUCGUUGGCUGCGGAGUGAUAGGAGUGACUGGACAUUGCACCGGACACCACCAGAUCAGGGAAGAAUCAUCUAUAACGGAAGGGCAGUGCGACAUUCUUCAAAGUGCACCAUGACUGGCCAUCAUCAUCACCAUCAUCACCAUGCCAACAUGAGCAGCAAUGAUAGCAUGGUAUCAACGACAACCAUGGCGUCACACCCUCACGUCCAGACCCUGGCUGGCAAUGUGACCCGUUUCAUUGCGACAUCGCUGCAGCACAUCGCGACGGCCAUUGCCGAGACGGCCGCACCAGAGUACCGCCCAGACGAUGGCAGCAGCAGCAUCAGCCACCACCACCACCACCACAAUCAUCUCCCCGCCGUGACUACAACUAUGGGCAAUAGCAGUGGGGCUGGCGGUAAUAGCCAUUUUGGUCAUGAUAACCACCAUCCGUCGACUGGAUCGCCUGGAGGAAUGGACCACGGUGCUGGUGGACACAUGGGUGGACAUAGUCCUUAUUUCUUCUUCAGCACUGACUCCACUAUCCUGUUCAAGGGCUGGCAGACACACGACGUAGGAAGUCUGAUUGGUUCUAUGGUGGCUGUGUUCGUCAUCGCGUUCCUCUUCGAGGGCAUUCGCACGCUGCGUGAGUGCAUGGCGGCUCGCGCUGACCGCCGCUUCAUGGUGCGCACCGAGCGGAGCAAAAAUGCUGUCAGCGUAAUGUACCGAUGGUCACUAUCGGACACACUGAUCCAAACAGGCCUGCACAUGUUAUUCUUUACGUGGAGUUACCUACUGAUGUUGAUCUUCAUGGUGUUCAAUGUCUGGCUGUGUAUAGCUGUGGUGCUGGGUGUGGGUGCUGGGUACAUCACAUUUCUAAGGUUCCGUCCUGGCCUGCUGCAACGGCCCGGUGUCAACCUAGAUACAUACCACCCGGCUGAAGAUGAAUGCUGUGCAUAGCCAGUUCCUAUGGUUACCAUUGCAGUUACCAUGGCAAUUUAAAUGCCUACCAUGGUAGUUGUAUUAUAGUGAGAAGACAUGUGCAAACGUUUAGCAAUGCUGUACCAUGCACACCCACAUCCACCCCCCCCCCACACUC